AUGUCAGAUUCCUCAUAAAAAUAUUCUCCCUUGCUCAAUGGACACCGUUGACACUGAAUAGAGAGCCAGAAGAGUUAGAGCAAAGAUUAAACGACACAUUAUCCAGCUGACAAUCAAGCAUGUCCUUGAUGGUCUUCUCAGCCGCGGCCGCAAACCUUUCUCCAGUGUUUUCUGUGGUUCCCAGACAUAAGUUUUCUCCCACCUUCCCUGAACGUAUUCAGAGGCUUCAUCACUUCGGGUACCGUUCGAAUCCGAAUCAUUGCUUCAAACCGAUUACGCAGCCAUGUAGGAACUCUCUGAUAUCGGACAAGUUUCCUGCUGUCGGUGCCCGAUCGACGGGUCCCGUUGCGCCCGAUCAUCUCAUCGAAGUCGUUAAAACUGCUGCUCUGACUGGCGCUCAGGUUGUAAUGGAUGCUGUAAAUAAGCCACGAAAUAUUACAUAUAAAGGAUUAACUGACUUGGUGACUGAGACAGAUAAAAUGAGCGAAGCUGCCAUAUUAGAGAUCGUGAAUAAGAAUUUUGAAGACCAUCUUAUUCUCGGGGAAGAAGGAGGAAUUAUAGGGGAUGCAGCAUCAGAUUAUCUUUGGUGCAUUGAUCCGUUAGAUGGGACGACAAACUUUGCACAUGGCUAUCCCAGUUUUGCUGUUUCUGUUGGAGUUCUAUAUCGGGGGAGGCCAGCUGCUGCUGCAGUGGUUGAAUUUGUUGGAGGUCCUAUGUGUUGGAAUACUCGCACUUUCUCUGCAACUACUGGUGGUGGAGCUUUCUGCAAUGGGGAGAGGAUUCAAGUCAGUGAAACUAAUCAGGUGGAACGAUCUCUUCUAGUGACUGGCUUCGGGUAUGAUCAUGAUGAUGCAUGGGCCACUAACAUUGACUUAUUUAGAGAGUUUACAGAUGUCAGCAGGGGUGUAAGACGACUUGGUGCGGCUGCAGUGGACAUGUGUCAUGUAGCUUUGGGAAUUGUAGAAGCUUAUUGGGAAUAUCGUCUAAAGCCAUGGGAUAUGGCUGCAGGUGUUUUGAUGGUGGAAGAAGCAGGGGGCGCUGUUUCUCGGAUGGAUGGCGGGAAAUUUUGUGUUUUUGAUAGAUCGGUUUUGGUUUCAAAUGGUGUGCUCCAUGAAAAGAUUGCACCAAACAUACGGAUCAAUCUAUUAAAUAUGCUUUUCUUGGAUAGUCUCCCCACCAAAAAGGUUUUCUAUGCUAUGAUCCUAAUCUACAUCAGAUUCGUCUCUAGAGAUGUGAUAUUACACGAAAUGCAUAUUGUUUUGCAAAUAACCAUGAUCCUCUCUUUGCAUCCCCUAGAUCAGUUUUGGCACUGUUUUCUAAUAAAUCUGCAAAACUAGAACCACCAAUACCUCUCUUUGUACACCAAAGACAUCCAGCUAACACUCCAAAUCAGGCAUCUGGACAUCCAGGCCCCUGCUCGAUCACUCACCAGCUGCUGAUCCAAUAUUUGAUCCAUAACGAGUUCUUGUACGAUGCAGUUCAUGCAUUUUUAAACCCCAAAGUAAGGUUUUCCUUCCUCUUUAUCCUUGACAGCAACUUUAGCUUCUGUUUCUAUAUUUUCAUCCUAUGAACAGGCUAUGGAACAUGAAUCUUGGCAACAAGCUAUUGAAACCGAACUACUUGUAUUGGAAGAAAAUCAAACAUGGCAUGUUGUUCCAUGACCCCCCAUCUAUUUAUUUAUUGGAUAUUAUGGCAGAAUAUUGACGGAAUAUCUUCUUGUAUAUUAGUAGAAUAUUAGCAGUUAUUUCUGCGGAAUAUCUAA